AGGGGGGGAGAAAAGAAAUUGAAGGGUCUGGUGAUCUCCAGAUCUACAGAGCGUCCAGACUUGCCUGGUCUCUCGAAAUAAUACAGCAAUGACCCUUUCAUUAUGUCUAGACUUGACAGGAUGGCUUUAAUUGUUGGAACGAGAUGGUGUACAUCGCCACUUGGAUGCAUCUAUUUAAGAGUCUGAAAUGUCCGGGGUUAAUCGUGGUUUCAUCUUCAGAUCAAAUCUCACAAUUUGCAGAAACCCACAAGACCGUUUUUCCCCAAAAGCCUUUUCUUUUCAUUCAAGCACUAUGAAGUCACCCCUCUACAUCCUCACUGCCUUGUUGCCCAUCGCGGCUAUCGCUUUGCCAAAUCCCGACACUGGCGGUGAUGGCGGCGAUGAGCUCGAUGCUCCUCUUGAAGAGAGAGGCUUUGAGGAGAGAGAUCUUGAGGAAAGAGACAGAUGCCGUUUCAGAAAAUCAGGCUCCUAUUGGAAAUACCCUUGUUUCUCAAGUGAACGCAUUGGUUCCUUUAGAAGUGGUGAUCGUGUAGACUUCUUCUGCAAGUAUAAGGAUUGGUACAGGACCAGCAGAGGAUGGGUGACCAGGGAUUCCAAGCCAAACAAUUGCAGAGAAAACGACAGAUGUUGAAGUGGAUGAGUGCGAACCUCGCAAAGGCUGAGCUCAGGUUGUGGUCUAUUCUCCUUUCGUCCUUUCCUAUUAUCAACUCAAGUUAAUCUUCUCUGUUUGCUGGAAAGAAAAAAUAAUAAUUAUUAACUCUCUCACAAGGAGAGACAACCCUUCUCAUUCCUUUACAAUUGCUUGUUUUUCUUUUUAGCUUAUUACUACUAUGUAUGCGAGUGCUUGAACAGAAAAUCCCAAAAAAACUGGCUAGGUUUAGUCACCAUAUUUUGUAUUUUCUUAUAUAAUUAUUGUCAAUAAAAAAGAAUUUAGGCGUAGCACUGUUGGGUGGUCUGAAGGAAUUUCUUUGAAGAUAGAAAUAAGAGCCUUGAAAAAAAUGAUAAGUAAAAAUACUGAACUGAAGAAAUAUUUGUAGUAAAGUACCUAUAAAUUCC